AUGGUGGCAUUACCAGAUCUUAUCAAGCCCAAGUUGCCUAAUUCUGAGCAAGAAGAAUCUGCACUUUUGGAGAGCAAUAAAAGCAGUAGUAUGAUGGAACAAAUUCCCUUCCCUCAGAUUCCUGAUGAACUCCAAACUGAUCUAACACCAUUCUCAUUGGGAGACCAAGAUUUCUUGACUAGAAUUGAUGAUCCAAAUUUUGCUGAUUACUUUGGACCUCUUGGUGCAUAUGAGCUUGGGCUAGCCCCACAACACACCAUUGGGUUCCCUUUCUUUGAUCCAUCAGAAGGAAGUUGCAGAAUUGGGUCAACGGAUAUCAUAGGUAGCUCCAAAAACUAUGACAGCAUCUUUGAUGAUCUCCCAGUUAACAUGUUUGAUCAUAUGGAUCCACCUUCAAUUCCUUCCAAGCUCUGA